GGCGGGGUAUAAAUUGCGGGUGCAGAUUGGGAGGCAGCCAUGAACUCCGCUGUCCCGGGAGGGCCACUGAUGUGUAGUCUCACAACAUUCAACUGGUUAUGUAAACAAGCGAAUCAAUCAAUACGUGUGCUUAUUCUACUGUUCUAGCCUACUAGUGAGUGAGGUGCCCUUAUACGCCGUGCCUACGACAUUACUACUGGACUUGUACUUCCAUAAAAAGGAUGGGCGUAAGUCGCCUUUGAAAGGGAAACGAGGGGCGAUCCCCUUUCAGCACAGGAUGCGAGCCCACCGCUCAGUUCACUCUGCGCGCUGCUUCCUAUACGGAAUGAGAGACUGACUCCACGCUAUGGAUAGGCCUAUUACAGGAAACACCACCACACCGUAUGUUUGAAGACCAGCCUAAUAUCAACUGAGACGCGCAGGAGGAAGGGGGUGUGAGAAAGAGAGAGCGUGUCUGUGCGUGUGCUAAAAGUGUGUGCGUGUGUCAAAGUGUGUGUGUUAGAGAGAGAGCGAGAGAGAGAGAGAGAGAAGGGGAAAGAGAGAGAGGAAAGGAGUAAGGUUGGUCCAGGUGAUCGCGUCCUAUCAAACCUCCAAGGAGCUGCCGUGUAGGAUCAGUGUGCACAGGAAGGAUCAGAGUUUCGACCAGACCAUGGUGGUGCCAGCCCGCUGCCCGGGCCCCUGUGCCAUGCUGGCGCUCAGCCUCUUUAUGGGAUACGGCGUGGUGCUCUGCGUCGCCGGCCAGAAUGACACGGAACCCAUCGUACUAGAGGGGAAAUGCCUGGUGGUCUGCGACUCCAACCCUUCCUCAGACAGCGGGGUGACCUCUUCGCUCGGGAUAUCCGUCCGGUCCGCGGGCGCCAAGGUGGCUUUCUCUGCUGUGCGCGGAACGAAUCACGAGCCCUCCGACAUGAGCAACACGUCUAUGACCAUCUACUUUGACCAGGCUUUAGUGAACAUCGGCAACCAUUUCGAUCUCAAAGCGAGUGUCUUCCAGGCGCCAAGGAGGGGCAUAUACAGCUUCGGCUUUCAUGUGGUCAAGGUUUACAACAGACAAACCAUACAGGUCAACCUGAUGCAGAACGACUACCCGGUCAUAUCAGCUUUCGCCGGUGACCAGGACGUUACGCGGGAGGCCGCGAGCAACGGCGUUCUUCUGCAACUGGAGCGCGAGGACCGGGUGUAUCUGAAGCUGGAACGGGGCACACUCAUGGGCGGAUGGAAAUAUUCCACUUUCUCAGGCUUCCUAGUGUUUCCACUAUAAUUUAAUAUGCGAUCACGGAAAUCGCAAACGUUACUCCUCUACGGUUGAGGAACGAUAAAGACAAAAAUGUGCUCUUUUAUUUGAACUAAACUGUCAGAGGAGGAAGAAGACAGACACAUAUGUGUACAUACACACACUAUACAGUAUCUAUUUAAUUCAAACAUGAACGUUUCCUUGGAGUUCAUACAUCCAAAUCCAUCGACCAAACCCAAUCUGGAAGGAUAACCGAAUCGAUCGCUCCGUGAUGUAUAGGCUACCACUUGUCGAUUAUUUGGAUUUUAUCACUUGGGAAUCAAUGAACUUUUGUCAACAGACAGACGAGUCAGUGUACCUCUGUGUACCCGGACUACUGAACAGAUGAGAAGAAGGUUAUAUGAAUCGAAGAACUAAAAGUCCCGAGCUAGUCUACAUGUAUCUUCCAAUGCUCUAUUUUGUGUUUGUAUAGCCUUUGGCAUAGAACUAGGGUUUCCGUCAAGUGAGGUGUGUGGAAUUAUAACGGACGUCCAAGAGAAGAAGAGUGCUUUCACGCCCAAAGCAUUUUUUGCACGAACGGAAGAAUGUUUUUGUUUUGUGCUGUCUAUGGUGUUCCAUUUUGGAUGCUGAACAUAUUGAAAACAAGCCAACUGUAGGCUACCUAACUAUCCAGAGAUGACAUAAAAAGAGAAAAAAGGCAACAUAUUUCAGCCAAUGGAGAUAUCUAUAGAAACUCUUUUACAAAAAACAUUUAUCGAAUUUAUAAAGUACAUAUUCACAUUAUGGUGUGUUCUACUCUACAUUUCGAAUCUGCGUAGCUUUGACUGAUUUAGUGUCCAGUGACGUUGCUCACAAAUGUACAUUGUGAAAAUAACAACAGAAAAAAUCCCUAUAUAUGAUGUCCCGCCUAAUAAAAAAUAUUGUAUUGUA